AUGACAGGCCAGGUGGCCGACAGAGACUUGUCCCCCCAUCGUCUCUCAGUGAAGACCACUGUGGAGGAGGAGCCAGAGAGGGAGAGAGCUGAGAGUACUCUCAGCAGAGUGCCAUCAGAAUGUGAUCAUGAUAAUGAUGACACAUCCUCAGAGCUGGCACGGGUGGCCGCUCUCGAUGGUGGAAACAACUCAAGGAACUCUUUUCAAGGACGGGGAGCUCUGUCUAGAUUAGUGAAUUUGGUGGUGAUUCUGAGGGAGUGGGCACACAGGAGCCUUGUAGAGGAGGAGGAGCGGCCAGACUCUUUCUUGGAACGCUUCCGUGGCCCUGAGCUCAGGACUGCCCCUAGUCGCAUCAGCAAUACGCAGCCUGAUGCCAAUGGCAACAAUACCAAAGGGAGAUUUAGGAAAAAAUGGGGUGUGUUCGUUGUGUCCCCAUCAGACGACAUGUACUACCGUUGGCUGUUUGUUAUUGCUAUAGCUGUGCUCUACAACUGGAUCCUCAUUGUGGCUAGGGCAUGCUUUGACAAACUGCAGACAAGCAAUUACAUCUGCUGGUUGGUGCUGGACUACCUUUCAGACGCUUUGUACAUCUUGGACACAUGUGUCCGACUCCGCACAGGGUUUCUGGAGCAGGGUCUGCUGGUGAAGGACCUCUCCAAGCUGAGAGACAGCUACGUCCGCACAUUUCAGUUCAAGCUGGAUGUCGUGUCCAUCCUACCCACUGAUCUGGCCUACAUAUCCACAGGAAUCCACACCCCAGAGCUCAGAUUCAAUCGCCUGCUGCGCUUCCCACGCAUGUUUGAGUUCUUUGACCGCACUGAGACACGCACAAACUACCCCAACAUCUUCCGCAUCUGCAACUUGGUGCUCUACAUCCUGGUCAUCAUCCACUGGAACGCCUGCAUCUACUUUGCUAUUUCCAAAUCUCUAGGGUUUGGCUCUGAUACCUGGGUGUACCCCAACAUCUCCAACCCUGAGUAUGGCUCCCUAACCCGGGGCUAUGUCUACUGCCUGUACUGGUCCACCCUCACCCUCACCACUAUUGGAGAGAUGCCUGCACCUGUACGGGAUGAGGAGUAUCUUUUUGUGGUCUUUGACUUCCUAGUUGGGGUGCUGAUCUUUGCCACGAUUGUGGGUAAUGUUGGCUCCAUGAUUUCCAACAUGAAUGCCACACGUGCAGAGUUUCAGGCCCGUAUUGAUGCCAUCAAACACUACAUGCACUUCCGCCGGGUCAGCAAGGAGCUGGAAGCACGCGUCAUUAAGUGGUUUGACUACCUCUGGACUAAUAAGAAAGCAGUGGAUGAGCAGGAGGUAUUGAAGAACUUGCCUAACAAAUUGCGGGCUGAGAUCGCCAUCAAUGUGCACCUGGAGACCCUGAAGAAAGUGCGUAUCUUUCAGGACUGUGAGGCUGGACUGUUGGUGGAGCUGGUGCUGAAACUCCGGCCACAGGUCUAUAGCCCAGGGGACUACAUCUGCCGCAAAGGGGACAUAGGGAAGGAGAUGUACAUCAUCAAAGAGGGGAAGCUGGCAGUGGUGGCAAAUGACGGGGUCACACAGUACGCCCUCCUCACCGCCGGCAGCUGCUUUGGGGAGAUAAGUAUCCUCAACAUCCAGGGCAGCAAAAUGGGAAACCGCAGGACGGCCAAUAUCCGCAGCAUCGGCUAUUCUGACCUCUUCUGCCUCUCUAAGGACGACCUGAUGGAAGCAGUGACCGAGUACCCUGAUGCUAAGAAGGUGCUGGAGGAGAGGGGGAAGGAGAUCCUUAUGAAGGAGGGCCUACUGGAUGAGAAUGCAGAGGCUGGCAGACUGGGUGGAGAGGACACUGAGGAGAAGGUGGAGAGGCUGGAGUCCUCUCUGGACACCCUGCAGACGCGCUUCGCCCGCCUGCUCAGCGAGUACACGGCCACACAGCAGCGGCUGAAGCGGCGCAUCACCAACCUGGAGCGCCAGCUGUGCCACACAGGCUGCGGGAUCCUCUCAGACGCAGACCUUUCUGACGAAGACUCAGCAUCUGAGGCUGAGGCAGACACUCUGGCCGCUGCCAAUACCGUUGAGCAGGGUGACCAUGGAAAUGAUGAGCCGACUGAAUCCACUGUUCAAACUUGA